GUGCAUAGUGAACGAUGGAAUGGUUUGUGGGCCUCGGAAUUUUGAUGUUUGCUAUGGUGGCAGAUGGUGGUGUAUCAAUGCAUAAUCCAUUUUUCUGUUACACUACCGAUCCGAUCCGUUCAACGCCGAAAAUGCAUUCGACCAUGUCGUCCUACGAAGCGAUAAGGCGUUUUAAUUACACCGGGGUGGAUUCAACAGUGUCAAGCUGUUCGCCUGGAAGAUUUUGGUAUCUAGGCAGAUACGGAGGACGAUUUCCACACCCUGCUUUGCUCCAAAAUAUGAUUGAUUUUGCAGAAUCAUCAAUUCAAGGCGAUAUCGCUCGUAACUACGAUGCUGGUAGGACAUCCUUAUGUAGACAUGAUUUUGAAGCUAUACGUGAUUGGACACGACCAUCAAACUUCAACAUAGAGAAUGCUAGUUUGGCCACAGCAGCAGGUGUAGAAGCUAUGCAGAGAAUUGCCAGACGUUAUCAGGAAAGUUUCCCAGAUAUUUUGACAAAGGAAUAUAGUCGAAGUCGUUUCCAUUUCCGACACACUGAAACCGAACGCACCAAUACAUCCAUUCGUGCCUUUGCCACUGGUCUCUUUGGCGAAGCAUCUCAGAAUGUUGUUUACGAGGAGGUACCGGAAAACGAUUGGUUUUUGAGACCGUUCGACUUCUGUCCGGAAUUCAGUGAGCAAGUUUCAUAUCUAGCUGAAAGAGAAGCUUUCCGAGUGGGACCGGAAUUCGAAGAAAUGAUGGAACAAGUCAACAGGAAGCUCGGAUUUCAUGGCCCGAAUCAAUUGAGCGUUGAAACUGUUUUACUUAUGUGGGAUUGGUGUCGAUACGAAACGGCGUCAACAUUUGAAUUUUCUGAUUCUCCAACAGGCGAUAAUGCUACAUGGUGUGCUCCAUUUUCAGUCACACAUCAGUUGUUACUGGAAUUUUUCGAAGAUUUGGGUUCCUUCUACUCUAGCGGAUAUGGUGUAAGAAAUCAACGUUUGCUUGAAAAUCUGAAUUGCGGCCUGCUGCAAGACAUGUUAACACUAAUGCAAUCUGAUGAUGCCACUGAUCAAUUGGCACGAAUUUUUAUUACCUACACACAAGAAAUUCAAGGGAUGUUGGUUGCACUAGGUGCAUUUAGAGAUGCAUGGCCGCCUCAUCAACACAAUUAUGCUCACCAAACAUCGAGACAAUGGGCAACCAGUCUGAUUGCAGUUCAUGCAUCAAAUUUGGCGGUUGUUCGUUUUGACUGCGAUGAUGGUGACCACGACUUAGUUUUCUUAUUGAAUGAGAAGCCGAUCUUGAUCCCUGGAUGUGAUCAACAAACUUACGUAUGCAAAUUGAGUGUUAUUGUCGAUCGGUUGCAACGUUUUGUCGAAGCAGAUUGUGAGACGUUUUUCUGUACUGGUAACUAACAGAGGCAACUUUAUGAAAUGGACAACAUGCGUAGUACCAAUGGACAAUAUAAUUUGUUUUACUGUUGUUGUUAUUAGCGUAUUUUCUAUGAUUACACAUUUCAAUCAAACAACUAAUA